CUGUACAGUGUUAUAUUUCUGUUGGCUGUGAUAGGCAACUCGUUGGUUAUUCUCACCUUGGUGCAGAACAAGCGGAUGCGAACCAUCACCAAUCUGUUCCUGCUCAAUCUGGCUGUGUCGGACCUGUUCCUCGGAGUGUUUUGUAUGCCGUUUACCCUGGUCGGGACGCUGCUGCGGGACUUUGUCUUCGGGGAGGUCAUGUGCAAGCUGCUGCCCUAUCUGCAAGCUUCGUCGGUGGCGGUAUCGGCUUGGACGUUAGUUAUAAUCUCUGUGGAGCGUUACUAUGCCAUAUGUCAUCCGUUGCGGUCCCGGCGGUGGCAGACGCUCAGUCACGCCUAUCGGCUGAUCGCACUCAUCUGGUGCGGUAGUCUGUUCUUCAUGCUACCGAUUGCUGUGCUCAGCAAACUGAUUCCCACCAAUCAAGGUCACCACAAGUGUCGGGAGCUGUGGUUCGACCGGGGCUACGAGCGGGCCUACAAUCUACUGCUGGAUGUAAUCCUAUUGGUGCUACCGUUACUAAUCCUAGCCGUCACCUAUUCGCUCAUAACGCGAACCCUCUGCCGAGGGAUGAACGAUUUCCGACGGUACUCGAAAGCCCUGUCGACACGCACUGGUGAUGGGAAGCAAGCGGCAGCAGCGGGACGGGAGCGCUCGCUCCGGCCGCUUAACAACAACAAUCGAGCAGUACGAUCGGACCAGUACAUGGAGGUCUACAUCCGUCCGAACGGAAGCACCAAGACGCGCUGCCCUUCGAUCAAGUGCCAUCGAACAACCACGGCAGCAACCACGGCGACUGCGACGACGACGACGACGACGACGGCAGCAACAGCAGCAUCUUCCGCAGAAACAAUGGCAACGACCACGGCAGUGAUGAACGUGACGGCGGAGACUGUUCCAGGAAACGAUGUCAACGCCGUCGUCGUCAGCUGGAAUCCUCACUCUGAUUCGUCCUCCAGCCCACCCUUCCGGAGCUAUUCGUCCGCCUUUGGAGGAAAGGAAUCGCUCCGACUGAAGAAUCCCGCCCUAAGGAAAUCCAACAUGGAAAAGAGCCUGACGAACAAAAAACGCAUCAUCAAAAUGCUGUUCGUAGUGGUGUUGGAGUUUUUCAUCUGCUGGACCCCGUUGUACGUAAUCAACACGAUGGCCCUGUUCUGGCCGAGCACCGUUUACCACAAUCUGGGCUACACGGCCAUCAGCUUCUUCCAGCUGCUGGCCUACUCGUCGUCCUGCUGCAAUCCCAUAACGUACUGCUUCAUGAGUAGCGGUUUCCGGAAGGCUUUCCUCAAUCUGUUCCGCUGUUUCCGGCCCGGUUCCGGCGGCGGAAGGAACCGUCGAAAUAGCAGCGCCAUGGGCGGUCUCUACGUGGCCAGUGGGUGCAGCACCGCCAGUGGAGUUGGGACGAUUGCCCUCCUCGGAAGGUACAGCAGCCGUCGGAAACAGACCCAACACUCGACCCGGGACGGGGACACCAUCGAUACCAUCCUCGACACGGACGGUGUGGUAAGCCUGAAGCAUCGGAACGAUAAUGUGUCGGCCGGGGGCAAUCAUUCACAACUCAAUGUUCAUCACCGCUACCUUCAUCAUCAUCAUCAUCAUCAUCGUGACCAUCAGGUGCAGGAAUAGCCUACUGCACCUGCUGUUGCUGCUGCUGCUGUCCCUAUGGGUGAUAAAUAAGUGAAAAGCAAAAGCUGGGA